GUCAAAUAUAUGUUUAUUUUUGACGGGAAAAAAUGCAAAAGUUCCAACGUGGAGUUUUGGUCGUCGCGAGAUUUAGCCCGUCUCUUAAGUUUCCUGAAUAAAACGUCCGAUUUUUCAAUUUAAAUCAGCAUUAGAAUAACAAAAUGGCGCCGCAGCCGAAGGGAAAACAGGGCACGAAAGGGGCCAAGCAAAUAGCCGAUGAGAACGUUUCCACGUUGAAAUUCUACCGAAACAUGGCCGUUUUUUCCAACGCUUUUUCAUUGAUCGUCUUGUACUUUUUCAACUCCACCAUUAGCAUAGCGUUGUAUUUAUUCUCGUGCAUGAUUUACAUAGCCUGCUACCAAUUCAUGGCGUACAUGGCGAGGGCCCGUUACACGGACAACGGGCAGCUACUCGACAGCGGAGUCGAUCUCAACAUGGAAGGAGGCAUCGCAGAGCACGUAAAAGACAUCAUCAUACUAACGGCCGGUUGCCAGAUCCUCUCGUCGAUGAUAUCGAACUAUUUCUGGUACCUGUGGCUGCUCGCCCCGCUCCGAGGCUUCUGGAUACUAUGGAAGAACCUCCUGCAACCCUACUUUAUGCAAUCGAACUCCGCCGAACCCGAAGUCAACGAGAAGAAACAGAAGAAAAUGGAGAGGAAAAUGAAACGGAUGCAGCAGAGAUAGUCGAUGGUGAACUAACCGAUUAAUCGGUAGAGACUAAAAUAGUAGAUGUGUACAGGUGCUGGAUGAAAACGAAUAACUUCUUUGGA